ACACGCAACGCGCGUGUAUAUAAGACGCUCGAUGCACAGCUGGGCCUCGGGCACUCCUAUUACCGGCACUGUCUCAAGGAAUCCACGGACUUCGAGCGGUGGUGAAGAUGGCAUCUGCGGGCGUAUUGUUCCUGGUGGCAGCCGUGCUUUGUGCCGUAGCCGUAGCCGAAGAGCCCGAGCCUCGCGGUCAAUACCCGCCCCAGCACGGACUCGGCUGGCAACGACCCCAAUACCCGGUUCAAUACCCGUAUCCGCAUCCUUGCAUGUACAGGUGUUCCCUGCGCGGCUGCGACCAGUUCCAGUGCCACUACAAGUGCGUCCGUGGCGUCUCCUGUCCGGCGCUGGGCGACCUGGACGCUCGCAAGGGUGGUGCCGAGAUCACCGUCUCCAAGCCGCUCAGCGAGAAAGUGGAUGCCUUCGACUACGUGCCAAAGUGAACUUCCCAAUAAAAGAGCGCUAACACCCGCAAAAAGAAAAAA